CAUCCUCGACGUAAACACGAAAUUUGAAAAACGCGAAAAUGGCUCUGCUGCUCAAAGCUACACAAUUGAUUCCCGGUCAAAUAAACCUUAAUUUACUCCGUCCUGCAAGAUUUUUAAGCUUGUCCGCCGUUUCCCGGCUGAAGGAAUAUAAAGAGGAAGUAAUAAAGGACUCCCUUGUGGUGAGUGCCGACUACGUCCCUUCGCCCCGGUCCGAUCAGCUGCUGCAGCAGGCUGCCGAAGCAAAGAAAUUGGGACAACACUUCUGCCCCCAGUGUACCCUGGGGCUGGAUAUCAAACAUACAGACGUUCUGAUAUUAAGUCAAUAUUUACGAGAUGAUGGCUGCAUGUUGCCUCGCCGCGUUACCGGGUUAUGUAAGCGGCAACAAAGGCGGAUCAGCGCGAUGGUAACGAUGGCCCAGAAGGCUGGUUUGAUGUCGAACAUGAAUCCACCAAACAGUAAGCGCGAUCCGAAGAAGCGCUUCCAAUGGAAAAAGUAUAACAAGUAUUUUGAGGAGGAUACCAUUAAAUGUUAACAACGUAAAUAGAAAUUUGUCAUAGAACAAUAAA